AUGAUGCAUUGGUCCUUGAUAGAGCCAAAAGUGGAUAAGUCAUCGGCAAUACCACAUGAUGAAGAUUACUCAUGGGAUGAACGGAACUCAACAUUAAGGGGUUCUCCUUUCUCGAAAAGAGAGUUUAGAGGACAUCAUGGUAGUCCUGAACUGCAUUAUUCUGACAAAUCCAAGCUGAGUGACAAAAAUCCAGAACCCAGUGAGGUUCUGUGGAUUGGGUUCCCGGCUCAGUUGAAGGUGGACGAAUCAAUUUUAAGAAAGGCUUUUUCUCCAUUUGGUGAAGUAAUGAAGAUUACUACAUUUCCAGGUCGUAGUUAUGCCUUUGUUCGAUUUAGGAGCCUGACAUCUGCAUGCAGGGCAAGAGAUAAUCUGAAGGGGAAGUUAUUUGGGAAUCCCCGUGUACAUAUUUGUUUUGCCAAAAGUGAAACAGGUUCAUCAAACAGUGAUAGGAGAGCACUUAAUGCCCCUCGCUCCCCAAUUUACAAGUCAAGUGGUCGCGAUGGAUCUUCUGAUAACCUUAGACAGAAUCGGAGCUUCAAUGCAGAUCGCAGCAUUGGUUCUCCAAAUCAAUUCCGGAGUUGGGAUUCUGAUCCUUAUGAUCACAAAAGGGGUUCUUCAUGGGCUAGUGGAACAAACACGUAUGACCAAAGGAAAGUUGGAGAGAAGGGGAGAACACUAGGAGCAUCACAAGAAAUCUAUGAACUUAUGAAUAGUCCUACAAGAGAAAGACAUGCUCAUGUGGGUGAUAUUCCUGAGAGAUUUCCUCAAAAAGGUGCAUUCUAUGAAGAUUUGCAGGCCUUUCCAGAUGUUCCCUAUCUACGUGAGGCUAAAAGGCUGAAGACUGGUUCUCCUCCUCUUGAAAGAGAGCUUCCAGAGUAUCCCUUCUCUGAAUUAGAAAGACAGAAACAUGUUCUGCCAAGACUAUUAUCUGAUUUACCCCCUCAUGAGCCUUUUGAUAAAGGAUUUGAUGCUGGAAAUUUUACUUAUGGCCAGACUCUUGAUCACCCCCAAAAUUCACCUCUGCCUCGUUUAAAUAGACAUGAAGGCUGGAAAUCUUAUGAUAAUUUACAAAUGGGUUCUGGUGCUCAGCAGUCAACUUUUGUUGAAAAGAAAAGAUUCACGCCUGAACCCGAUAGUUCAUCUUUAACUGAGUGGAAAUGGGAAGGAACUAUUGCCAAAGGUGGAACCCCUGUCUGUCGUGCACGCUGCUUUCCUGUGGGGAAAGUCCUAGAUAUCAUGUUCAACAUAGAGGCCAAAAGAUCAAAACUCUGCCUUGAAAUGGGGUCAGGGAGAAUUAUGAUUAAGAACUGUGGCAUAACCAUACAACUACCUGAAUUCUUGGAUUGCACUGCAAGAACUGGUCUAGAUAUGCUUUCAAAGCAUUACUACCAAGCAGUUGGUGUUUGGGUUGUUUUCUUUGUGCCUGGAAGUGAUGCUGACAUGGAAUUCUACAAUGAAUUUAUGCAUUAUCUGGAGGAAAAGCAGCGCGCUGCAGUUGCCAAGUUGGAUGAAAAGACCACUUUAUUUCUUGUUCCUCCAUCUGAGUUCUCGGAGAAAGUACUGAAGGUACCUGGUAAGUUGAGUAUAUCUGGUGUUAUUCUGAGGUUGGAGAAUCCUGUUUUAAAUCAUGGUCCCGGACACAUUCAAAGAGAAAUGACAAAUGAAAACCUGUUGUCCUAUAAUGAGAAUAUACUUCAUUCGAAAUCAUUAUUUCCUUCAGCACGCGUACCGACAUCCCCAUCUAUUUCAGAAUUGGGUAAUUCUGGAAUCAGCAAUCUUUCAUUCCUGGGAAAUAAAUUUGCAGCAGCUCCAUCAGUUUCUGAUUCAGCUCAUGCUGCGGCUAGCAUGUCUGAGUCUCAUGAUGAAAGAAAUCGCAACUAUCCUAUCCAGCAGCGGACUUCUGGACCAAACUUGUCUUCUCAAAAUCUGCAGAACUUCUCUAAUAGAACUCUACCAUUGCAACAAUCAGGUGGUACUGUAGAGCCUGUUGCCGAUGAACGCCAACUCAUCACUCCUAGGACUGUGACAGAUGUAAACUCAAUUUCUGGUAUUCCGUAUUAUGGUGAUAACAAGUUGUCUUACCCAGAUAUAAGACAUUUAGAUCCUUUAUCAGUGCCUGUGGGAGCCCUUCCACCAGAACAGCUUGCACAACUAGCUGCAUCUCUUCUUGAGCAGCAGAGGCAAUCAGGAAGCUCUUCGAGUAUGUCUGCAUUCGGUGAUCGUGAUCCGCGGCAGAUUAACAGAUUUAGCACAUCUGACACCUCAUCCAGAUUUAGCACAUCCGACACCUCAUCCAGACAAUCCCAGAAAUAUGUUACAGAAAACAAUAUUGUGACUUCUGAUCAGUCAACGUCUCAGUUAGGUCAAAUUCUACAGAUGCAAAAGCAACAACAGAUCUCAAAUGCGCCUCAGAUGUCACAGAUCGUUCAAAGGGAACCACAAAGAGAGGCUAAUGGAAAUCAGGUGGUGACAGAUAGAAGCUUGCAGGAAGAUUCUGAUUCAGAUCCACAGAAACGUCUACAAGCAACACUUCAGCUGGCUGCUGUUCUUCUUCAGCAAAUCCAGCAAGGGAAAGGAAGUUGA